CGUCAGGCCGACGGGCGAAACGAUGUCGGUGCCGAGGCGUGUUUUCAAUGGGAGGGGAAAUGGUUGAAGGAGACGGAGGGGGGUGUGGCACGAAGCGCACACAAACACACAUGCAUGUGUGCGCACACACACACACACACACACACACACACACACACACAGUGGGGUGAGUUAUUUCCAAACUCUUCUGCCCCAGUUUAUAACUGGUGAGGUGUGAAGUGCAUCCCCCCCCCCCAGUGCAGCGAGAGCGUAAUUUGCAGCCUGUGGCUGAGGCCCCAGUUGACGGCUGGUGGGCUUCAACUUGCUGCUUUCUAUUAUUAAGAAUCGAGGGUCCUCUCAACACCGGAGCAUCCGCGUGAAGGCAGAGACCGGCCGAACUCUCAGAUACUGUUCAUUUCUGUUGGGAGAUUACGUAAAACAUCAAUUCCAUUUGGAUCAACUAAGAAUACCAAGUCCGGCCUUGGCCUGAAAUAGAUGGCUGACAAUGUCAUCAUCUAACAAUAUAGCACAAGCACGGAAACUGGUAGAACAGCUAAGGAUUGAGGCAGGCAUUGAGAGAAUCAAGGUAUCCAAAGCUGCUGUAGACCUCAUGAAUUACUGUGAGCAGCAUGCCCGAAAUGAUCCACUGAUUCUCGGAGUUCCGACGUCUGAAAAUCCUUUCAAGGAGAGAAAGCCCUGCAUCAUCCUAUAGCUUUGCCCAUAAUGGAUGAAGCACUGCACUCUAACACCCAGUUUGUGUUUGCCAACAUUAUGAAGUACUCAUAACUGUGAAAACAGGUGUCUAAAUAAGGAUUGUAUUUUUUUUUAAAGCUAUAGUUGAACCAGUGUUUGCAAAUCUAGCAAAGCAGAUUUAAAAAUUAGCCAAUGCAAAUUAAUUUCACCAGAUUAAGAAGGGGCAGAAUUUUAAUGUUUUCUCAUGGAUAUGCUUUCUCAUUUGUCUAACGUUUGAUUGAAAUUAGUUGAUAAAUUUGUUAUUGUGGAUGGAAGGGAUAAUGUAAGAUUAUUUUACUGGCAGAAAUCCCGGUUAAAUUGAAUUGAACAAGUACCUUCAAUCUGAAGAAAUUUCCAAAUACUUAACAGAAAAUAGAGAUCCUAAAUCAAUUGUCCAAGUAUUUUAAAAUGUCCAAAUAUGUAAGUAAUAGUUUAUCCUUAAGUGCAUAACCAGGCUUUGUAAAUAGAUCGAUUUUAAGUUACUCCGCUUAUAUUUGAUCAAUACUGUGUACAUCAAUUCUAUUAGUAAAUUUGAUUUAACUCUGCUCAAUAGGAUUUUUGUGAAAUGGUAUCUCACAAGCAUCAUCAAUUUUAAUCAAGAUUGUCAAAAACAUGUUUUAGAGAAUUGAACAUUGUGCAGCAAAGUUUCCCAAAGUGUAGCUUCUACAUGGUAGAUCAGUAGUAUAAUGAGCAUUAUGUGUUAAAGUUUUGGGUUAAGGUUAUAUAUUUAAAAAAUGGCAUCGGUUUCUUUGUGUCCUAAUUUUACUGGCAAUUGUGUAAUAUGGAACACUACGAAUAUUGCCAUCGGUAUUCGUUUAAAGUUGUUUUUUCAUAGUGCUCUAGUGCAUUUGGCAGUUUGAUAUUUUGCAAAGAGGUGGAAGGAGGCAUGACAAACUUAUCACUGACUAAAACCUGGUGGGAAAGUAUUGCUUCUAAUACUUUAUGUUUUCAGGUGACUCGAUCCUGCAUUAUAAAUGCUAACAUAAUAAAAAUCAUAAACUUGUAAUCUUUUGUCUCUCGGCUAAACAUGUUUUUAAUUGGCUAAAAUUUAUAAUGAUUAAAACCACUUCUAUGGACUGUGGAAGAAGCUAUUAAAUUUUAGAAAAUAUUCAGAUCAAUUCAGCAAUUGCAACAGACAGUAUUUCAAAAGAGAAUGUAUAGAAUCUUGCAAGAUGGAUAGAAUUUGUGCAAAUUACUUGAACCCUUUUAGUGCUUGCUUCCGAAUUGUUAUUCAAGUUCAACAGUCUUGUGCAAGAGCAAAUUAAUUCUGCAUGCAAUAUAGGUUGAAAUGGGAAAGUACGAGUGCCAACUAAGGUUUUACUCUACUUUAAACUUUUUUUAAUUCAUAAUUUGAAAGUGAAGUAUUUAUACAACAGUAGUAACACACAUUUGUAAGUUAGUUUUCUUAUAUCAUGAAAAGGCUUUCCUUCUAAUUACAACUGCCAAAUGUAAAUGAUAUCUACCCAGAUAGUGAAUUUUCCUGUGGUAUAAAAUUAACUACCUGGUAAUGCUGCAUGAUGUUAAUAUACUUUCAGGUCCUACCUCAUUCAACUGGGAAUAGCCUUUGUCCUAUCAAUGCUGAAAGGCUUUCGCUUUAAAGAAAUGGACUAUAGUACUAAGGGAAAAUUGACAUGAAAAUUCACUGUCUUUGUAUAUAUUAUAAAUGAUAACCAAGUUCUGUGUAUUAAAAAAAGUAAGUUAAUUUGUCAAAACCUGCCUGAGUUUAAAGUUUGCUGUGUCUUCUAACACUUCAACCUGCAUUUUGCACUAGGGUUUAUUAAUCUCUUAUUUCAAUAUCCAUAAUAUAUUUGUAAAAAAAAACGAUUUUGACUCUUUCCAAAGAGAGCAUGAGAGAUUAUUAUUCCAUCAGGAUGCUUGGAUGAAUAUUAGUCAGAAGACCCAACUGAAAUAUUGCAUUAUUUGUACUCGGUGCUAUUUAUAUUCUGUAAAAUACACAGCAUACAUAUCUGAUUGAUUUCAUACUAGGUGGAACAGUUUGAGCAAUGUUUUUAAUGUUUGAAAAAUGGACAUUAGUGAAAAGGAGAAUAUUAUUACCCAUCAAAAUCUCUUGAGAAAGUGGCAAUCUACCACCUUGGUGAAGAUACUGCUAUAAUACUGUUGGGGAUGGAAUUCCAGAAUUUAGUAUUCCAAUACUGAUGAAGGAAUGGAGAGAUCUUUCAAGUCAGGAUGUUGUGCCACAUAGAAUGGACUCCACAGCUAGUGGAGUUUCCAUGCAUUUAAUGCCCACAUGCAUGAUGAUAGAUUCACUGGUCUGGGAGGUAGACUAUGGUAGAUGAGUAACCACUGCAUUUUGUAGAUGGCAGCCGCAAAGCAUAGAUGGUAAAAGGAUGAAUGAGAUGGCAAUCAAGUGGGCUGCUUUGAGAUGGAUGGUGUCACGCUUUGACUGAUGGUGCAGUUGCACUCAUCCAGCCAACGCAAAGUAUUCCAUCAUGACCUGACUUGUGCCUUGUAAUAUAUCAUCUUAAAUGCUGUGACCUUUCCUACUUUGGAAAGUACACCUCUUCAUUUGUGCCAUCUCCAGCCACCAUGAGUGAUUAAAGUUUUGAACGAUAUCGGAGCCACCUUCUUUACUGAUAUAACAACCAAUAAAGCACCUUUCAUGUAAUCUGGUCAAACUUCCUUGAUGCAAAAUAUUUUACAAAACAACUAAGUCCCUUUUGUCAAGCAUUCACUGUUGUAUCUUUGAUAUGAGUGCUAUAUCAUUUCCAUACUCUGCCCUUGCCAGCUGUAAACUGGAGGGACUAAAAUUGACUUUAUUCGGUUAUCUGUUUACUAGAAAUAAUCAGUUGCAUUACCAAAUUCUCUUUAUAUUCCCACGUGGACAUGAGGUUUAUAUAACAAAUAUAUCUAUUCACCAAAAUUAGUACAUUUUUGUCUUUAAUCCCUGAAUGAAAAGCAUCCUGCUAAGCACCAUGAAAAAAAAUCAAACUAGAACACUCCCAUUUUUCCCACUAUACAGCCUUUUCAUUUCUCCCACUAUCCAUCCCCCUUUCCAUUCCUCCCUGUCCCUUGCACAUUUAUCUGUUCCUCUUGCUUCAAGUUUCACUCCUCUUCUGUCCUUAUCUCACAAUCUUUUGUCUCUUUUCAACUCUAGUCUUUGUCCUCUCAUCUGCUAAUCAAAAUCCUCUACCCUAUCACUUGUCUGGCUUUGUCCCACUCCCACGUCUUCUCCAGCCCCCCCCCCCCCCCCCCCCCCCCCCCCCCCCGCCACCACCACAAUCUGUCUGCCAAUCUAUGUCCUCCAGAGAUGCUUCCUGACCGCAGUGCUACCACACUGACACAGAGAAUUCCACAGAUUCACAACUCUCUGGGUGAAUUCUUUUUUUUCCUCAUCUGUUCUAAAUGGCAUAUCUCUUAUUCUUAUCCUUAACAUCUUGGCACAUGAACAGAUCAAUGUCCUGAAAUGCUUUCAAUAGAAUAAAUUGGAUUGAAUUAAUUAAACCACAUUGGCCAUGAUUCAGAUUGUAACAUGUGACACAUUGGAGAUGUGAAUUUGCUUAUUUGUGCUCCAAUGCAUUUGCAUUAUGACAUGCCCCUUCUAAGAUGGGUUGAAAGUGUGAUAUGAUUUAAAUCGGGCCUAUUUUUCUUCAUGGUACUUAGUCAUUCACACCACACUGUUCUUGCACAACAUUAACAGUGGUCUUUUGAGGUUGGCAUUCAAAGCUUUGUUCACUAUUCUGAAUGCAAUAAAUAAUUCGACCAAGAGUAAAUUUUGUGUUUCUGUUACAUUAAUUUAGUUGAUCAGUGAUCUGUUAGCCUAAUACUAAUGUGAAUUAAUGGACAGUAAUUAAUUAAACAUAUCUAGAAUUUAUAUUGCAUGAGUCAACUUGAUCUGCCAAUACUGAUUUAUUGAUUUUUCCUCCUCUAUUUAAUUAAUUGAGAAUGUUUAUGCCAACACCCCUCCAGCCAGUUUCUUUCAAAAGUGGCCAUUCUCUGUGCCUAACUUUAGAUCAAUGAUAUCAGAACUCAAGACUCAGCUUUUGGUCAAUUCCAAAUCUGCAUGUGAUGACUCCAUCAAUGGACUUUUCAUCAUUGUUUACCAGUUUUUACUUAAAUGGAGUUCUUUUUCCCUUCAAUUUUAACAUUAGAUAUGUAAAAGUAUUCCUUCAGAUCCCCCCUGUUCAAAUGUUUCCUUGUUUGUGAAUUCACUUGAACCAAUUAAUAAUAUAUUCUGUAAGAAAUUAUAGGAGUGUUUGAUUAAAUUAUUUUCUCAAUUAACACUAGGUAUUUAUUUGGCAAAUGAUAGGUAGAUUGGACUUGAAUUGGUUGCACAUUUUACUUGUGCUUUAUUGGGGAGAUUUCCAGUAUUCGUUUUUUGAGUAUCUUACUAUCUUUGUGGAAUUUUUAGAUGGUGUAUCUGCUUCUGACAAUUCACAAAUGAAUCAUUGUAGUCUGUUUACUGUAAAUGCUAAAACUGUAUUAACGGUAGUUGCAUUGGAUGCCAAUAACUAAAAGCACAAACCAUGUACAAGAACUUUGCUGGAUCUACCUACCACUUUGAUAUUAUAUAGGCAAUCUUCUCAUUGUCAACUUUCUGUACAUGUAUUAUUCAAUGCAUUCCAGAGCCUUUUAAAAAAGUAGUUGCCAAACAGUAGUUAUUGCUCUUUCAGCACGUCAGUAUCCCAAUGUGUAGUCAUCAUUAUUUACUUGCAAAUAUUUACUAAUGUUAUUCCUCCUUUUCCCUUCAUUUGCAGAUGCUGGUCAUUUAUAAUCUCUGUAUUUCAUGAUCUUGCAUAAGUGGCUAUUCUUCAUGAAUAAACUUGAACUAUGAUUUUCUUAGCUGAGUGCUUGAAGGUCUCCAGGUUACAUACCCACUAAUUAAUUACAAAUUAAGAUUCCUGCUCUAUCAAGUGGGUGACCUUUCUUCUUUAAAUAUGUUAUGAAGUUUAAUUAGAAAUUUACAUUAGUUGUCCAAUCAUCUAUCAACCCACUCCCCUUUAAGAGAUUCUGUCAUUUGAGUCUACUGUAUGAUCUGCAUUUUUGUGGUUCCAAUUUUCUGUUAGCUUUUUGAGAUUAUUGUAUGUUUUCCAGACUAUUAGAUAUUAUUGCCAUUAAUACCCCCAACACUUUUUUUGAAUGUUACACAGUAUUAUCAUUUUUUCAGUCUCCCCAGUGUUAAUCGGAGCAUGGGACUCCUGGGUCCCAGUGAAUGUCAGGGCAGUCCAGGAAUCCCUCAGUAUAGGGCAUCAUAGUUACAUCAUAGUACACUGUUAUCAGAUCCUCCAAUCUGUACAGAUUUUUCAGGAUACAGACUCGACUAAUAUAAGCAUAAACUUAUUCAUAUUAGCUGAGGUUUUGAGGCAAAGGUGUUUUCAGUCUUGCAAGGAUGUUUAAGAUUAUGAAGGAUUUAUGAACGUUAGAAGCGGGUUUUAAUUGCUGACCAGAGAGCAUAUGCUUUCGGUAAUUGACAAAAGAAUUGGAAACUGCAGGAGAGAUUUUUAGGUAUGACUUUGUGAGGAGAGAAGUUAUCAUAAGGAGACAAACUCCUCUUCCAUCAUUAAAACAAUUAAGAUACGUAUUCAUGCACAUAUUCAUAAUGUGUGUCCUGAACAUGCCACUCCAAAAGUGAUCACAUUUAAAUUCCUGUGCAAGCUUUGCCGUGUAAUAUUGCUAUAGGUUCAAUAGUAGCUUGGGGUGGGGGGGAUGAAUACUUGAAGUAAAAAAAAUAGAGUGAUUUUGAAAGAGCUAACAUUAAUUUGAUGGCUACAAACAGUCACCUGUGAAUGUAGGAUUAAGAGGGGAAUGCAAAGGGUAAUCCAAGACCUGGUUUUGGUACAAUCCUUUUGUUGUCUCAAGACAUUAUGGUAUUUUACUGUAGCAAAUUAGAGUUUAAUUUUCCCAUUCUAAAUUUUAUGUGCACAAAAUGUUUCCAUGUCAUCAGUCUCAUACUGUAAAACAGAAUACUAACCACUUGAAACAUUAUUCUACUGAUUAUUGUUGCUCUGUGGGAACACAUUGUUGUAAUAUUGUAUGUUACUCACUGACCCAGAUUACUGCUCUGGUUUAUGGCCUCUACUAACAGAGAGAGCACAUGUUUUGGAACAAAAAACACUCUUUAAAUAUGUUAUAGCGUAUCGUGCAUUGGUAGUAAAUCAUUUUUAAAUGUCCAUAACUGAUGCAUUUCAUCAUCAAUGAUUAAAUGAAAAGAACUAAAAUACAAAUAUUAAAACUACAGCAAUUUUUCAAUUCAAUUUCUGUACAUAUACAGGGGUAUUUACUUAAAUUAUUCUUGCAUUGUUAAUUUAUAAGACAUCCUUUUCAGGUUAGCAUUUGUACAUUAAUUAGACAGUUGCUUUCAUUUCUUUCAGUGCCUCUUAUUGCAAACUAUCUGGUUAGAGCACUUUGUAAAACAAAUCUGCCAAAUAUUGGCAUCAUUUAAAUCCUGACUUUCAAGUACUUUGGCUAUCCGGCUGUUAUCUUGACCAUUGGUCUCAUAUCUUCCUCUAGUGAUGCAAUUUUUAAAUUUGCAUAAUUAUUAAGAGCAAACAUUACGAAAUCCACUUUUGCAAAUGCAAAUCUUGCAGAACCUGAUCGUGUUCAGCAUUAUCUGUAGCAAAUCCAAAGAAGUCAUGAUUUUUUUGAGAGAAAAAAAGCAUGCACUCUUAUAAGACUCUUUUACAAAAGUAUCAUCUCUUUCACAAAUCUCAAAUUGUCAAUCCCACAAAUUCGUUUUUCUGCACACUCAUCUUUUGUAUUGAAGGCUGCCGUCUUUUAAUGUGUUAAAAGCUUUUAGUUAAGAAUCAAGUAUGUAGAUUUGAACACUCAUUGUUUGGAAAAAGAAAAUCAGAUAUGUAUAACAUUUGGCGAGAGUGUGGAUAUGUAAUUUAUCAAUUAAUAAUUCAGUAAUGGAAAAUAGUUAUUGCUAUUAACAUGACCAAAAUUGUGAUCCUGAAGAAUUUUGUAAUGCCAACCAGUCAUCAUUGAAUAAGACAAGUUAACAUACUAUACUCCAAAAAUGUUUUUGUACACCAUGUCCAGAAAUUGCCAAAUCUCUUUUUACUAGCAAUUAGAUUUUCCACUCUUGCUGAUCCUCAAAAUUCCAGUCUUUCGCAAUACAUGUUACAGUUACCUGGACAGGUGGUAUGUAAGUUGCAUUUUUCUUUCACAUGUGAUGUAAAUCUUUAUUACUUUUACACCCAGCAAUUUUCCUGUUUUCAGUAAGGAUUGAACCAAAUCUAAUCCUGCCCUAAAUUAAUAUCGAAAUGUGGAAUUUUCCAGAGUUCUUCUUAGAGAACAGUAACAGUUCAGCCCUUCUGAAUUUUGUUUGCCAAAAGUCAAGAUGCUCCAGAUGCUGAAAAUACUUGGCAGGAGAGAUACUUUCCAACAUUUUUAUUCACCCCAGUUUUAGGCACUUUGAUGUCCACUGUGGAACCUCAUAGCUGCUGAAGCUGACUGCAACUUACAGAGCAAUCUUGGAUCUUCAGGUGUAAAUUCGUCUAGACUGAUUAAGUGAUAUUUAGACACUACUAUUUGCAGCAGACUAAUUUCGUGUUUCCAAAGCAGUAGAGUAAGUUUUUGUACAACUGCCAUUAAAUAAAAAGCAGUUAGUAAUAACGUGCUGUAAACUAAUGUUCCUGAUAAACAUCUCCAAAUCUGGUUUUGAUUAAUAUUUCAAAUAAGUUAUUACUGAAAAUCAAGUCUGAUUAGUGUAAACAAAAUAGUAUGGCAGGGUGAGUUAUGGGUUGUCCCACUUAGGCGAUUUUUCAAGCGACUGUCAAGUCGCCGGUAGUCGCCUGAAAUACCGACGACUGGAACGGCCUGUCAGAGUGGAACACACACACACACACACACACACACACGCAUCGUUUCCUUCACCAGCCCGUUAUGCAGCGGGGGACAGGGCACGCGGGGGGGGGGGGGGGGGGGGGGAGCGCUGUCUGAGUGAAAUUCACACGGUGCAAAGUCAAUGUGAUGAACAGGAAGGUUGUCGCUGUAAUUAAGACGAUGAAAUCACAGUGUACAGGAAGGAUCAUGCAAGUCUAAAAGAGGGGGGGAGAAGGAAUGGAGACAACUUUUAAGAAGCCAGAGAUACACGGCUGUGAAGCUCGGCGGACAUUUAACAUUACCGGUCGGUUAUCCUUGUUUCUGAAAACUACUGCUUACGGGGUUUUUUUCCCCCCAAUGAGCCAAUGAAAUUCACUGGUCUGCACCGGCAACCCACCUACGGCACAAGAAUUCUUGCUACUCUCCAUGGCGGCUUCAUUCUGGUCGCUGCUAAUUUUUCAACAUGUUGAAAAAUUCACGGCGACCAUAAUGAGGCCGCGACUUGUUCUCAGAAUGCAGGAACUCCUCACGACCAUGAAGGCGACUAACCGCAAACAUGUGGCGACUGCAUAGUCUGCAGUCACCUAAAAAGUCACCUAAGUGGGACAGGCCCAUAAAGGAAUUCUUGCUUCUCAGAACUCUGCAUUUUGUACAUUGCCCUCAUUGGCUUCCUCAGAACCCACAAAACUGGAGUGGAUGCAAGUCAUUCUUAGGAUACCCUAAAAAGAGUCACUGUAUUUUUUUAAAAAAAGGGGUGUUUAUUUAUUUACCGUGGGGUAGGUAGAUCUGUUGGAUUUUUCCUUUCACCUUUUUUCUUGGAAAGAUCGACUUGUUGCAGAGUUACAGGAUCCCAUGCAAAAAUCCUCUUUUUGUGAUCUUACACAAUUGAAAAUUGGUGAUGAGGGCAAGCCAUUUUAUAAUUUGAUUGUUCUGCGCUUAACUUGCUCUGACAAUGGACAUAUGUUUCGAGUAGAGGGAGCAAAUGUACCUUUACAAAUAGUAUUGAAAUAUGUAUAUGGAGAUAGAUUUACAUAGUCAUCAGUUUUAACAUGAACAUUUCAUUUGGACUGAUAGUAUUACACUUGGUUUAUUUCCAUCAUUGGCAAUUUUGAUUUGCCUGGUACUUUCAUUUCAUAAAUGCUGCAAGCAUGUUAUUAAAUCAUUCUUUAGAGUCCUGUGACUAGCUAUGAAGUGUUCAUAUUCUGCAAUUUUAUAAAUUCUGUGACUUCUGUGAGACCACCUUCCUCGGCCAAGUUAUUCAUCCUGCCUUAUUUGACACAAGCUUGAUGACAUAUCUCCCAAGGCUGUUCUGCAUUGCUUAUUUUCUGUUUUUAAGCUUUGAUGGAACAAAAAUAAAUUAAAUGUUGAUGCUGAAAUUAGAUGUACAUAAUCGCCAACAUUUUUAGAAAUUUAAUAUUGCUGUUUCCUUACCGAUCCAAUGUUUUGUGCACAUCAAAAUAAAGUCACUUUAUUAAGAUGUUAAAUAUUGAUCUCCCUAACUCUGAUCAAACCUAUAUUUUCCAAGUCUUCGACAUAGAAAAAUCUGCUAAUUUCAUAAUCAGUAGGUAAGAAAUCUCUUGUCUCAUAACAGACUAGUUUUUGGACAAUGUUUUCAAUUAUUCCCAUUUGGGCAUCCGACUGCAGAGGUUUCUAUUUGUACAGUUCCAUUGGUACAUCAGCAUUGAAUGCACUCUGAGUUUAGACAACAAUUACAAACAAGGCACUUGUGAUUACUCUCACUUGCUAGUGCAGCCUUUUUUCUUUGUGUAUAAGAUCUUGUGUCCAAAGCCCUUUCCUGGAGUGCUCAUCUGCUGUUGUGCAUCUUUCUUUAGUCUAAUAAUUAAAAGUUUAUCUUUAAAAUCUGCUUAGCACUAUAACAUGUUAUAUGAAAAAUGGUUUCCAAAAUGUUGGGUCGUACUGAUGAAGAAAAAAAUACUUUGGUUUGAACAGAUUUAUGCAGAUAAUCUAGAGCUUCACCAUGUAACCUAAUUUGCAAAGUGCAUUUAACAAAAAUACUUUAAUACCUUGUAAUAAUGUUUUCUAGCAAAUUUUGCCAUAUUCUGACUUUGUUGCCAAACUUGUCUGAAUUUCUUACUGCCAUAAAAGUAUAUGUAGCAUUGUUUCUCCUCUAGUUUAGCUGUAUUCUUAACCUUUUUUUUCUAAUGUAUCAUGGCUUAGUUCAUUUGUUUCUUUUGUGAAAUGAUGACAAUAAAAUAUUCACAUUUUCAAA